UCACAGGGAAUUUCCAGUAAGGAAGUCAAACUGUCUAUUCAAACGAACGUGUUGAACUCGGCAUGAUUUAUUGCGCUAAUUUACAACUGGAGAUUAAAAUCGAUUGAUCCUUUGGCCUGUGUAAUCUCAGCGGAUCUUAUGCAUAUUAUGUCCAGCUGACGCAACCACCAUCGUGAAUAAGAAACCUGCCUUGAACUUACUUUCUAUCAGCUUACAGUAGUUGACUUCAACGUAACAUGGCGAAAUAAGUAGUAACAACAUCAACAAAACUUCCCAGCUGCUUGAUGUUGAUCCUGACCAUCGGAUAUUUAUCAGGAAAGGAAACAUGGCUGGAGAAGAUCCAUACCUCCCGGCUCAUGGAGGGUACAUGGACUCUUUGGACGCGUUCAGAGAGGAGCAGCUAUGGAUGCCCAUGGACCAGUUUCAGGCCAUCCAACACAACAAUAAUGCACUGAGGGCAGUCGACGGACCUUCUGUGCGAAUUAUCGAAGAACCAAAACAGAGGGGCUUCAGGUUCCGCUAUGGAUGUGAGGGCCCCUCCCAUGGAGGACUCCCAGGGGCCUCAAGUGAGAAGAACAGGAAGUCUUACCCACAAGUGAAGAUCUGUAACUACCAGGGUGCAGCGCGAGUGGUAGUUCAGCUGGUGACCAACACUCCGGAGCCCCAUCUCCACGCUCACAGCCUGGUUGGCAAACAUUGCGAUAAAGGAAUCUGCAUCGCUGACUUGCAGCCGAAAGAUUCAUGCAUCAGUUUUCCUAACCUGGGUAUUUUGCACGUGACAAAGAAGAACGUGAGUAAAGUUCUGGAGGAAAGAAUGAUCGAGGCCUUUAGGAUGGGAUAUAACUAUGGUGUGUUCAUCCAUCCUGACAUAGACACCCUCCAAGGAGAGGUCCGGAUGCCCAGAGAUCUCGCAGAUCAUGAGAGGAACCUGAUCAGCAGUGCGGCCGCUCAUCAGGCCAAGGAGAUGGAUCUGAGCGUGGUGCGGCUCAUGUUUACGGCCUUCCUGCCUGACAGCGAUGGAGGGUUCUCUCGUAGACUGGACCCAGUAAUAUCACAGCCCAUCUUCGACAGCAAGGCCCCGAACGCCUCCAAUCUGAAGAUAGUGCGGAUGGAUCGGACUGCUGGCUGUGUGACGGGUGGAGAGGAGGUCUACCUGCUGUGUGACAAAGUCCAGAAAGAUGAUAUCCAGGUGCGUUUUUAUGAAGAUGAUGAUUCAGGUUUUACCUGGGAAGCGUAUGGGGAUUUUUCCCCCACUGACGUUCACAGACAGUUUGCCAUUGUCUUCAAAACGCCCAAAUAUCGGGACCAGAACCUUCAGAAGCCCAUUUCUGUAUUUGUGCAGCUUAAGCGGAAAUCAGACAACGAAACAAGUGAACCCAAGCCAUUUACCUACCAUCCACAGAUCAUAGACAAAGAAGAGGUCCAGAGAAAGAGACAGAAGACCUUGCCAAACUUUCAGGACUACAGUGGAGCGGGAGGUGGAGCUGGAGGCAUGUUCAGAGGAGGAGGGGGUGGGUCUACAGCAGGGGGCGGUCCAAGUGGAGGAGGAGGACAUUACUUCCAGGGCUAUCAAACCUAUAACAAUUAUGGGUCUGGAUACAACUUCUCUGCAGGAAUGGGAGGAGGUGGGACCACCAUAAAGCAUGCAUCUCAAGACCCUGUGGAAGACAGUGAUGAAGACAGUGAUACAGAUGAUGAUCCAGCAGCAGGUGGCGUGGUGCGAAUCUGUGCCCCACCUGAAACUGUUGAUGGGAGGGUAGCUUGUGAGGACACAGAUCCCACGGAAGCCACAGGGUGUGUGUUCAAACCCCAUUUGGCUGAACUAGCUGAGAGACAGGCUCAUGCUCUCUUUCAAUACGCAUUAAGCGGUGAUGCCAGAAUGCUUCUGGCUCCACAGCGCCCCCUCAUGACCACUCAGGAUGAAAACGGAGACACGGGUUUGCAUCUGGGAGUAAUCCACAGCCAGACAGAUGCAGUGAGAAAAUUAGCACAAGUCAUCGCUGCUCUCCCCGGAGAGGAUGCUCUGAACAUGAGGAAUGAUCUCUACCAGACUCCUUUACACCUAGCUGUGGUCACACAGCAGAAAGAGGCAGUGGAGGCCCUGUUAGAGGCCGAAGUGGACAUCACCCUCACAGAUCGCCAUGGAAACUCGGCACUUCACCUGGCUGCUCAGCAUAAAGAGGGCAGCGUGCUGCGAUUGCUGCUAAAGCACAAAUCAUUGACGCAGUUAGCUAGUGUCCAUAACACAGCAGGUCUCUGUCCGCUCCACAUGGCUGUGCAGGCGAACAGUUUGAGUUGUGUGCGGGUCCUGCUGGAGAGCGGGACAGAUGUUGAGGUUCAGGAGCUCACAUGUGGCCGCACCGCACUUCACCUGGCCACAGAGCAGGACAACCUGUCCCUUGCUGGCUGCCUCCUGCUUGAGGGUAACGCAAAUGUAGACAGUGUCACCUAUAAUGGUUCAACACCUCUGCACAUUGCUGCAGGACGGGGCUCCACCAAACUGUGCGCGCUCCUCAUCGCAGCAGGAGCAGAUCCUCAUAAAGAGAACUUUGAACCACUGUUCUUCAGAGAUGAUGAGUGGUGUGCUACAUGUGAGGAUGAGGAGGAGGAUGAAGGCUAUAUUCCCGGGACGACCCCGAUGAACAUGGCCACCUGCCCAGAGGUUUAUGAUAUUCUAAAUGGACAAGAGUAUCAACCCACCACUGUUGUAGUUCCACCACAAGGUGAUAUGAUGAGCUUGAGCUCUGAGAUGAAGCAGGAUCUCUGUCAGGCUCUGGAGGAGCAAAAAGGAGGCUGGGAAAGUCUGGCUUAUGCUCUGGGGCUCGGCAUUCUGACCAGCGCUUUCAAAGUCAGCUCCUGCCCUGCUGGAAAGCUGCUGGACAGCUACGAGGUUUCUGGAGGAACGGUGCAUGAUCUGGUGGAGGGACUGAAGCAUGUUGGGAACAGCAGUGCUGUCAGUUUAUUACAGGCUUUGUGUAAAGAGACUGAAGCCAUCCACACCACACCUCAGCUCGCAGGUGCAGGGCUGUGUAAGACCAUUCAGGGUUUGAUGUUGGCCUCCCAUCACGAGGAGAGUGGGGUUUGCGACAGCGGGGUGGAGACCUCUUUCUAAAACCACAGCCUCAGUCUCGCUGACACUCUUGUCUCCAAACACAACCACACAAACUCAGGCGUGACCCUGAAGGCCAGCUUCUCCCUCCCACUACAGCAGCAUUGCCACUCAGCCUCAGGACACGCCUCCAAACUCUUUGAUUGGUGGAUGUUUAGCAGCCCAAUGCAGACACUCCUCAGGCACACCCGAAAUGCAAAUAAGAGAACUUUGAGGAUGUUAAAUGAGGAGUCCUCAAAUUUUAUGACCAAGGGGAAUGACUUUUAUGUUUUGUUUUUUUAGCUUUUAAUAUGAAUAAGUACCAAAAAGCACUUAUAUGAACAUUUUAUUUUACCUUUUAUAAGAGCUAUAUUGACUUGGCAAUUUUUUUUUUAAUUUUUCUAAGUAGCUGUGUUUUCAUUUGUGGUUAAGCUGAGUGAGGAUUUGACUGAGCCCGGAUGUUACAUCUGUGUGCAAAUGUACAUUUGACACUCUCUUCAAGAAACGCAAUAUUUACUCUCUUGGGCCUGAUUUGCUAAACAUUAUUGCAUGAAAAACAUUUACAAAUAAGAAAAGAGUUUCAUUGCAUUUUCAUUUGUUGGUUUGUUCUCAAGUGUUUUUCUUUGUUAUUUUUAAUUUUGUUUUUAGCAAAAAAUCUAAUUCAGGAACAGCACACUUCUCACAGUUUUCAAUUUAGCUAACUUCUUAUGCAAACUUCCAGAUGUAAUCCAGUUUGCAAAGGCUUUUCUCCAAGUGUGGAGGACAAUUUGAUUCUCAUCCUGAGAGGAGAGAAGGUCUACUGGAUUAUCAUGACUCUUUGGACCAAUCGGAUGUGUCGUAUGGUGUAAAAAGUCCUUCCCUUCAUCCUCUGAAGCACAAAAAAACAUAAAGCUUGUUCAACUGCUGUCUCUUGUCCUUUUCCAGUUGUGAUGUAGAACAUUGUUUGGGAUGGGAUUUCUUUUAAAUUGUUUAGUGGUGCUACUUUAAAUACCUACUUUCUGCUCAUGUGUUCUGAUAAAACAAGCAAGAAACGUCAUAAGCUUUGAGAGGAUAUUCUCUCGUUCAUCUCCACAUAUUUAAUUCAUUUAUAAAAAUGGGAAGGUUAAAUCUGCCGGUUCUAAGUUAAUUAGUGUGUGAAUUAAUUGUAGUCAAAAGAGCGUGUUUGAUAUGGACUGUGUGUGUGUGUGUGUGUGUGUGUGUGUUUCAUACAGAUUUUUUUGGGAUGUGUGUUUGGGAUGUGUGUAUGGGGAUCAGAAUAACCAGAUGCCCAAAAAUGAAAAUUCUGUCAUCAUUUGCUCACUCUCGUGUUGUUCCAAACCUGUGUGACUUUCUUCUGUGGAACAUAACAAAUAUUUUUAGACAGAAUGUUUGGAAUUGACAGAAUAACAUCUACUUUUGUGUUAUACAGAAGACAAUGAUAGAAUAUUAAUUUUGGAGUGAACUGACCCUUUGAACUCAGGCUGUAUAGGACAGAAUAUCACUCAGAUAAUAUCUAGGAUCAGUUCCAGAAUGUUCGUUCAAACUUAUGCAUCACAGUAUGAAAUGUAGAACUGAUUCUAGAUCGUCUCUCUUUCUCUGUUUGCUCUGUGAAAUUUUCUAGACUUGACCUUUGAACUGACGGGAACUUGUGACACCAAAAUGCUUUUAGAUAUAGUGAUGUUUUUACAUUAUGGUGAAUGCUAAUAAGAGUAACAAAACCCCAAACCAAAGGUUUGAUAGGCACUGUAAUGUAUUUUUGGCUGUAAAUUGGUAUUUAUGUCUGUACCAUGUUAAACAAUGUUGUACAGAGGGAUAAAUGUGUGUGCUUUGUAACUGGUGUUUUUGUGAUACUUUUAUAAUAAAAUUAUUGAUCAUACUUUUGAAA